AUGGCAGCGCCCUCCAGAACGCCGCACAGCGGCAGCGGCAGCAGCGUCGCUAGUGCCGCCGCAUCAGCGCAAGCACCAGCAUCGUCUCUGUCACCUACAUCGCCAGUGGGCCAGACCCACCCGCACCACCAUCAUCAUCACCACCAUCACCAUCACCAUCACCACGCUCAUCACAUCACCGACCCUGCGCGCCGAAAGAAGAAGCACCUCCCAGCCCAGCUCGCCCAGCUGCAGCUCGAGAACGAGGACGAGGAUGCCAACAACUUCAUCUCGUCAUCUCGCGACGCUUCCGAAGAGGACAACGACGAUCAAGAGGAGACUUUUGACGACGAUGCCUCCAUUGCAUCUCUCCGCCAGCAUCAGCAGGGUGCGAGCACGAGCUCCCUGACCAGCGUUCCCAUCUCCUCAUCGCUCUCCUCUAUCCCGCCCAACGAUCGCGAUCAAGCUCUGAUCGACUCGGCAGCAUUGCAUCAGCCGUCCAAGCUGCAGCACCAGCUCAAGCCCACCUCUGCUCUCGAUGACAAGACACCCGCAAGCACAAGUCCACCUCGCGUCGCCGCCGCCCCAGCAGUCGCUUCCGCGACUGGAAUCGCUGGCGCUCCCACCAGGACCGCCCAGCCAAACGUGCAGCACGGCUUCGUUUCCCCCACACAGCAGCAGAACCAGUCGUCGCAGGAUCGCAGACGCGAGGCCUCGUCUGAUGACGACGACCGAUACGUCCGCCCCUCGGUGGGUGCGACGCUGGCGAACGCAAGCGCUGCCCUAUCCAGCAGCUCGUCGACGGAGCUCCUCCCCAAGGCGAUCGUCGCACAGCGACAGGCGGCUCACCCAGUUGGAGCGGCCUCCGACCGCUCUGCGAAGGGUACCUCGGGAGCCAACCUCAACCUCGGCUCGCUUCCGUCUCCCAACCUUGCAGGCGGCGCUUCCUCGUCUCAGCCGCUGAGCACGGUCAAGCCACAGAGCCAAGCCAUCGACCCCAUCUCGAGCGCCGCGGCUGCGGUUACGCCAAAGGCGCAGCAGGUGAGCGAGACCAGCGCAGCGCCAGCUUUGGACAAUGCUUCGGUUGGACAAGCCGUAACCUCGAGCGGCAUCUCACCGGCUGCCAAGCGCAAGACUUCCGCCUCGCAUCACGCGUCCACCGCUAGUGCACGUCGCGCAGAGAUCCACGAUGGUGCUGCUGAAGAGGCUGGCAACAACACGGAUGGUGCCACCCCCUACGAUGGCGAUGUCGAGUAUGCUGCUCGCACCCCUGCGUCCGUUCCAGCCGGCACCAGCUCGUCUGGAGGCACAGUUCCAACUCAGCGCGAUACCAGCAAGUCCGCGUCCGCAGCGAACCGGGCUCCCGCCAAGAGCACUGCCCCGGGACCUGUCCGUUCGCUCUCGUACAUCGAGACUAUGAAGAGCAAACACGCCGAUUGCCAACCCGAAGGCGACGAGUUCGAGGAGGGCGGCUUCCAGCCCUCAUCGAUCCCGUCAGCAGAAGAGAUCCAGGCCUGGGUCAACCAAGCCAUUUUCAAGCCUGACGCCCAGCGCGACUACUCCAUCAACCCGCCGCCCAAGCGCUACGAUAGCGAGGGGCGCGAACGUCCCAUUCGCAUCUAUGCCGACGGCGUUUACGACCUCUUCCACUACGCCCACGCGCUGCAGCUUCGACAGGCCAAGCUGUCUUUCCCAUCGGUGCACCUCAUCGUGGGUGUGGUGAGCAGCUUCUCGUGCGGCAAGCACAAGAACAAGCCCGUGCUCACAAGUCAGGAGCGCUAUGAGUGCGUGCGCAACUGCCGCUGGGUCGACGAGGUUCUUGAGGACGCACCUUGGGUGGUCGACCAGAAGCUCAUCGACACUCUCGAGAUCGACUACAUCGCCCACGAUGACCUGCCUUAUUCGGGCAUCGGCAUGGAGGACAUCUAUGCUUUCGUCAAGAAGCAGGGCAGGUUCCUGCCUACCAGGAGGACCGACGGUGUGUCGACGUCCGAGCUGCUCGGUCGAAUCGUCGAGGUCUAUAGGGAGGGCAGCCUCGAUGGCAAGCUCACCAAGAUCGGGCUCGAGGACCUCACCUCCACACAUAUUCCCAAGUCAAGAUAG